GACUAGUUUGUACAACCAUGUAUCAUGUUGGCUAUAGACUUGAUCCAACUUUGUAUCUGUUUUAUUCUAGGUGUGCUGGGGGAUGUAGGAACUGAAAUAAAGACAGUGAGAGGAAUAGAGGGACAGACUAUAACUCUUAAUACAGGAUUAACUGGACUACAGAAUGAUUCAAUCUAUUGGACAUAUGGUCCAGUCAGAGCACAAACAAGAAUUGCUACCCUGAAUGUUGGUAGAAAUAUACCUGAAUACAAUGAGAGACUGAACCUGGAUGCCCAGUCUGGAUCACUGACAAUCAGAAGUCUUACAACCAGCGACAAUGGAAUUUAUGAGCUAACAGUCCUUAGGGAACAGGUCUUGAAACAGACUUUCAAACUAACAAUCUAUGCUCCAGUGUCUGCCCCUUAUAUCAGACCCCAAACACAGAGUCGCUCAUUGGCCAGCCCGUUAAAACAAGAGAGCUGUUCAGUGGUGUGCACUGUGAAGAACGGAAGAGACGUGACCUUGUCUUGGUACAGAGGAGAGGAGAGAAUCAACCAGACCAUCAACCCAGAUACCAACAAAACUCUCUUUUUACCUCUGGAGGUAAAUGAGGGUAAUGAUAUCUACAGCUGUGUGGCUAACAAUCCUGUCAGUGACCAGACAAUCAAACUCAGCAUUGAGGAGCACUGUCAGCCAGAUUCAGGUUCUACUGUACCUCACACAAAUACAUACAAAUAUAUCCUGCCUGGAGUCCCGAUAGCUGCUGCCUUCAUGACAGUCAUUGGGCUACUAGUUUGGAUAUACUGGAAAAAAAGAAAAUUAAAACAUCAAGAGUCUACUAGUGUAAUCUAUGCAGAUGUCCAACCAGCACAGAAAAUGUCUACAUCACAAUUGAGAGGAAAUGAUCAAGUGGAUUGCUCAGUUCACUCAGUUCAGGAUGACAGAACAAUCUACUCAGAUCUUCAUGUUUGAUAACCCACUAAUAAUUAUCAUUGUCACAGUUCAGAAAAUUGAUUUUUAGGGUCCUGUACAGUCGUUGAAGCAAAUGUUGCUCAUGCACAUUCAAAAUAUAACUGACAUUAACUGAAUGUCUAUAACUUCAAUGUUAAAUAAAGGGCUGUCUAUAAGUAUUGAGAAAAUGACAGUAACUUUUUACAUCCUUAAAAAUAGAACAGGGUCAUAAUGUUUGUGUCUCCCUUAAAGUUUGUAUUUACAGGAUACAAUUCAACCAAGAUCUAUAAAUGCACAGCAUAAAACUCACAUGUGUAUCCUGAAACACAAUAAUAAUGUGAAGACCAAAUGUAUGAUUAUGUAUGGUAGUAAUAGGUGAAGUUCGUUGGAAACUUUCCCUGAAAGCAUUAGCUUUCAGGGAACCAAUAUUGUAUUAACUGUGUCACCUUCACAGAAUAACAAGGUUGUAUAGCCGUUUUAAGAUGCAGUUAUGUCAGGUUCUUUGUACUAAAAACACACAUAGCUAUUUAUAAGUGACCAUGUCAUGCUGUUUUGUGUGUGGCACAGUCAAGUUUUAGGGUCCUCAAGCUGAGCUCUGAAACGUAAAGCCAGUUCCAAAAAAAUGUAAUUGUAUUGGAACCAUGUAAUGAGAGACCUAUUCAGACCUGGAACACCAGAUGGGUGAAAUUAAUAAUGAGGUAGAACCAAAAAAACAGGACAUCUUAGUGUAAGAGUUAAAUUCCCCCACUUAAACUGGUAUUACGAGGUUUGCCUGUGAAGUUAAGUAAAUCUACUUGUUAAAGUUACAGUUUCCUGGCACAUCAGGCCUGGCAUUGCUUGCCAGUGAAAUCCAACGCCCUCUCUCCCUCAUUUGUAGCAUGGACAGCAGUUUAUCAUUAUUGCCCUCACCUGUGUUCCUUAUCAUUGUCACUAUUUAAGGACCUCAUUGUAUGGUUUUGUUACUAUGGAAAAUUGUUUUUGUUACUUUCAGUUUUCUAAAUUCUUAGUUUCAUAAUUAAAAGUCCUGUGUUCUCCCUG